GAUUCGAUUCUAGGGGAGUAUAUGGUCGACGCAAGAACUUCGAAUAAAACCACUUGCGUACAAUGGAGAAUAUGAAAUGAUACGCAUAUAAUUACUUAAUUGCAUAAUAUGAUUAUAUGAUUCUGUUACUUGAACUGUCACGAAAUGCUUUGAUCAACUGUGCUGUGUAUUGCUGUUUUCACUAAAAUAAGUCAACAUAUUUAUUAACCUUUUAUAUAGAGUUCAACUCUCAAUGCAUGGCUAAAACAGGACAGAGAGCAAUAAUUCAUAUUAAAUCUAUUAAUAUAUAUGAAUGUUGUAUAGAUGUAAACCAAGUAUGCACAUCCACUGCUCCCUUGUCUUACCUUAUGAACUCCCAAGUGGCUCUUCUGUUGUAUGUGGGGUUUGAUUAUUGAUUGGCACGGCGCAUUGAUGGCGAAGCAGGGCGCUCUAUACAGAGAGCUGAAAGGAUGAGAAGCACUGGAACGAUGAGACUCCAGUAACUUCUGCGUGACCUCUACAUGACAAAGACGGUCUCCAUCAAUUGUCUGCUGGCUUUAUGUGACUCUUUUGGUGCCUUGGGCCGUUUUUUAUCUUUUGUCUUGUUUUGUUUGUACCAGUUAAAAUUCCUGGAUUGGGUUUGAUUUAGCUUGGUUGAAUAUUAAUUGACAUAUUUGGGCCACACAUAUGUGAUGCACAUACAUGUUUUAUGAUAUCACGAAAUGUGUAGUUAGCAGGGAUCCUCCCAUGUGAUGAUGGGCAUUGCCAACUGGGUCUCAAUACACAAAACACACUUUAUUUCAUUUAUUUAUUUUUAAACAGACCGGGUAUUUAAUCAAUUCAGUUUUAUAUGAUAUCGUUACUGUCCUAAUUGAGAGAUAAUGUGAAGUUUGUGAAAUCAGCUACUAGGUGUGCACAGCUUCUUCUCGGUUGAUGGAGUCCCUCCGCCUGGAUUGGCCGAGCUGGUCACGUGGUAGCCUAACUUUAUUCAGUUGACAGCAAGUAGGAGGGCUUUAUGGAGGGAGGAAAAAAAGACAACUCGAGAAAAAUUAGUAUUUCCUACCUUCAGAAAUUAAUGGCCAUGAGUUCGUACAUGGUGAACUCCAAGUAUGUGGAUCCCAAAUUUCCUCCUUGUGAGGAAUAUUCUCAGAACAGCUAUAUACCUGAACAGAGCCCAGGCUACUACAGUCCGUCGCGGGACACUGGUUUCCAGCAUCCCGGGAUCUAUUCACGGUCAAACUACUCUGAGCAGCCUUACAGCUGUAACACUGUCCAGGGCUCGUCGGUGCAGCCUCGGGGUCAUGUGCAGGAUCCAGCCGGCCACCCGAGCCCUUACCCCGCACAGACAGAGCAGUGUCCCGCGGUCCAGAUAUCCGGACCGAGGACUUGUGGACCACAACAAAACACAAAGAGCCAGAACGGGAUACCAGCCAAGCAGCCUGCUGUAGUUUAUCCAUGGAUGAAGAAAGUGCACGUUACUACGGUGAACCCGGAUUACACGGGACCGGAACUCAAACGUUCUCGGACAGCCUACACAAGACAGCAAGCUCUCGAACUAGAAAAGGAGUUUCAUUUUAACAGAUAUCUAACAAGACGGCGUCGCAUUGAGAUCGCGCAUACCCUCUGUCUCUCUGAGCGACAGAUCAAAAUCUGGUUUCAGAACAGAAGAAUGAAAUGGAAAAAGGAUCACAAACUCCCUAACACGAAAGGAAGAUCGGCGUCAGCUGGAAAUCAGCAUGCACAACACGCUCAGAAGGACAACCAGACAGAGCUCACAACUUUAUAAGUGGAUAUCUCUCCCUCCCUCCAGAUGUACAGAUGAACUGUAUGUAAUAGACAAUGCUUCUUUGACAUUGCAUGGUAGCAAAUCCUGACAUGUUGGGUACAAGUGCCAAAAACUGAUAUCCAGGAGCACACACCAUGACUAAAUGCAGCAUAAAAGCUGCAAUAGGUUAAAAACUCAAAUUUCAAUAUUUCCGAUAUUGUAAUUCUUUGUAACUAAAGGCAAAAAGAGUAUGAGGCGUCGAAUGAUGGUUCAAGUGCCACCACGAGGUGCAGUAAAACGUUAGAAAGCUCACGCUAUUCCACACAAACUUCCCACAUUUGUUUCAGAGCAUGGUUCGUUUUAGUGGUAGGGUACUAUUCACACUUCUUUUUUUUGUAAAUCUGUGUACAUCUACAGUUAUUUUUUUAUUUUGUUUUAUGUAUUUUUUUAUGCGUUUUACGCCUGUGGAGAGUCAAUUUAUCUUAACUUAAAAAUUAAAGAGAACUUCAGUAAUGUCCAGCAAAUAGUAAAUUACGAAUGUCUUUUUUUUUUUUUUUUUACUUAAGUCGACUGGGUGCAAGUAACAAAACAAAAUAAAAUUAGUUAAUAAUAAGGGGAAAAAAAUUGCCUGGGAAAUUAUUUAUUUUCUAGACUGAAAAGCUAUAGAAGUUUCCUUCUGAACCUCGUUUAUUGUGCGCGCCUCAUUAAUGGUUUACUAGAUUUCAGUCAAGCAAUUUCAUCAUGUUCAAUAGGAAUUUCGUUAUAGACGUUUUACAUUUGUUUACUGCAGCUUUUAAAAAUGGCCUAUUUAAUCGAGAAAAAUGUCUCCUUUUGACACGAAUAUUCCAUGCCUUAUACUCCACUAUAAAUCUCGCCCGUCAUCUUUGUUAACAAUCUAGCUACAAUUGCAGAACCAGUAUUUCUGUCUUCCAUAUGUUACCUGAAAUUCUUGAAAAGCAGCUUUUUAUUUUGCAUUUUUUUUAUACACGUUUAUCCCUCAAGAUGUUUGAACCUUCUAUUUAUUAAAAUGUAAUGUUAAAAGCUUUAUGUUCUACGUGAACGUAAUUAUCCGUUCAAUAAUGAUCAAAUUCAGUUUUGAGUUUUUGAGUUCUUAAAUAUAUAUAUGUAUAUAUUUCUGUAUAUUGUACAUAUUUUUUACAGGCAUAUUUUGCAGUUAUUAAAUAAAUAUUAUGCAGAGAGGUUUCACUCAA